UUGAUUUUCACUGAAGUUAUCCUGUUGGGCAGGUUGCUCUUGAGAUUUAUUUUGCGUCGCUUGUAAAAAUUUUCAUUGUGACAUUGCUCCUUACAAGUAUUGCAUUGAGCCCUUUUCCAGGAUAUUUAUCUUCCCACAAGUACUAUGAGAGCGAAAUUUUCUUUUCCUGUUGCAAUAUCUGUUUUCAGCUUGAUUGUCCUUUGUGCUUGAUGUAACUUUUCAUUUGUGCUUAUCGCUUUGCCUCUUAUAAUUACAAUCAAAGCCUAAAGAGAAGAGGAGGAUUCAGAGACAGUUGCAAUACAGACCAAUCUUCUAAUGGAUCACAAUGAUGCAAGUCAAGAAGAGGCCUAGAUUCGAAAAUAUGUCAAGGUGAUGACGAAGUGAAUCUUUUACAAGCCAUUGCCACUGUACACUUCUGCAAUCUGUAAGCUAUGUUAUUAUUUUUUAAUUCCAUUUUUUUAUUGGCUUAAACCAAGAUUCGAACUCAUAUCCUGGUACGGUGAACCAAAGCUGUCGUUACCGUGCAGAAACUUAUGUAUCAUCUGCUAAGAUAAGAACAAUUGCAGAGAGAGAGAGAGAGAGAGAGAGAGAGAGAGAGAGAUGGUAAAUGGAGAGACUGAAGCUUAACACGAAAUGGUUCUCUACGGUUGCCAGCAUAUGGAUCCAGUGCACCAGCGGCUCUCUUUACACCUUCUCCAUCUACUCCCCGACUCUUAAGUGUACCCAAGGCUAUGAUCAAUCAACGCUCGACACUGUCUCUGUUUUCAAAGACAUCGGCGCCAACUGCGGCUUUCUUUCCGGUGUUCUCUACACCAAAGCCACCACCCAUCACCACCACGAACCCACUUCGACAAUUUCUAGUGGGCCAUGGGUUGUCCUCCUGGUUGGCGCCAUACAGUGCUUCGCUGGGUAUUUUUUUAUGUGGGCUGCUGUUAUCGGAUUAAUUCAGACACCGCCGGUUGCGGCGAUGUGUUUGUUCAUGUUUCUGGCGGCGCACGGCCAAAGUUUCUUUAAUACCGCUAAUGUCGUCACUUCUGUGCGGAAUUUCCUCAACUAUAGCGGCACUGCCGUUGGCAUCAUGAAGGGAUUUCUUGGUUUAAGUGGAGCAAUAUUAAUACAAGUAUAUCAAACAAUAUUCAACAACAAACCCACCUUGUAUCUCCUGCUGCUGGCACUUUUGCCCAGCAUCAAUCCGAUGAUACUAAUGUGGUUGGUCAGAAUUCACAGUGUGAGUGAAGCAGAGGAGAAGAAGUACCUUGAUAGUUUCUCAGUGAUUUCAUUGGUUCUGGCUGCAUAUCUUAUGAUCAUUAUAAUAUUGGAACAUGUCUUCAGUUUCCAAUUUUCAGUGCGUGUGGUUGCAUUUAUCCUGCUCAUACUGUUGCUUGUAUUGCCUCUUUUCGUUGCAAUCAAAGCUAGGGAAAAGAAUUCUGAUAUUAUUUCUGAGAGGAAUCAUUUAGUGGAUGAGUCUAAGUUGCUUGCAAGACAUGGUGCUACAGGGUAUCGAAGUUUGCCUGGUGACCCUGAAGGUGACAAUUGUUUGCAAAAUGACGAAGACGUGAAUCUCUUGCAAGCUGCCUGUACGGUGGAUUUCUGGAUUUUGUUUCUUGCCAUGGCUUGUGGUAUGGGCUCAGGACUUGCCACAGUGAAUAAUAUGGGCCAAGUAGGAGGAUCUCUUGGUUAUGCAAGUUUCGAAACUAAUACCUUAAUUUCCUUGUGGAGCAUUUGGAACUUUCUUGGCCGAUUUGGAGCUGGAUAUAUAUCUGAUUAUUUCUUACACGCUAGAGGCUGGGCAAGGCCAUUGUUCAUGGUCAUCACUCUUGCAGGCAUGACCAUUGGUCACUUGGUGAUUGCUUCUGGUUUGCCUGGUGCUCUCUAUGCUGGUUCUGUUUUGGUGGGUGUUUGUUAUGGUUCUCAGUGGUCACUGAUGCCCACAAUUGCUUCAGAGAUAUUUGGGGUAAGACAUAUGGGCACCAUAUUCAAUACCAUCACUAUUGCUAGUCCUGUUGGAUCCUACAUAUUCUCUGUAAGAGUCGUUGGUUAUAUAUAUGACAGGGAAGCAUCAGGGGAAGGGAUCACAUGCACUGGAACUCACUGUUUCAUGUUAUCUUUUCUGAUCAUGGCAUCGGCUACAUUUCUGGGGGCUCUUGCUGCUUUUGGAUUGUUCUUACGGACAAAAUGUUUUUAUAAUCGGAUCGUGCUCAGAAGAUUACAACAUUCCACGAGAGAGAGACCACCACAUAUAAUGAGAAUUUAAGAAGAUGUUACUAUUUGAUAAGAGAUAGGUAUUUCUCUGUUUCAUUUACUGUUUAUUCUGGAUUUGAUCGCUAGCUAUAUAGUAAAAGACAAUAAUGUUUUUACUAGCUCAUAUCUUACAUAUUUGAUAUUUUCAGUAUUAACAUCUUGUGCCUUCCACGCUCAUUGCAGGGUGGCAGAUGAAACUAAAGGCAACAUGCUUGAUGCUAUGGCUGUAGCAAAAGAACAUUUUCUUUAGCAAUAAGAUGCCCAACACAGAAGAAUGGUGCCCCUUUUGUCGAUGUAUAAUAUAAUAAAUGUAAAUAUCCUUGAUCUGCACAUAGCCUUCAUUGUUCUUUGUUUGAAAUUAAACUUUGAAGGUUAUGCAGGAAACCAGUUUAUUCUUGAUUCUGUUUUUCCAAUAUGCUAUAUCCAAUCCUAGUGGUUUUGCCUUUA